CAAGCCGUCCUCAUCACGACACACAACAGAUUUCUUACUGCUGUUCAAUGUUUAUUUACCAAAAUUUCCACUCGCUGCAGAAAAUCAAACGAAGUAACGUUUACCUGCAGAGCGACUUUGGGUAGGGAAAAAAAUUGUUAUGGAGUAAGAUUUACCGUAGGCAGACAAUGGAAGAAGAGGCGAGUAAGAAAGGACAAGCCCGCAUUCAAAUCCCGAGGAAAAUCGUAAUUCUAGCUGGCGAGGACAUGAAUAAAUUACACAAAAUACAAAUUGUCGUCUAGCUGCUGAUCGUCGUCCAUUAUGAUAGUUGACUCAACCCUUUGGAGUCCAGUUAAAAUCCGUUUACCCUAUUUGUUAAACCAUUACGUACACCAAGACAGGGUCACAUGACAUUUUGCUGUUAAGGGUUUAUAGUUUAGUUCAAGUACAACUGAUUACCAAAGAAACAAUGUUCUACCCCAGCGAUAGUGAGAAGUUAGUCAACGGCAAGUCAUCGGACGCUUUCAUCGAGUAUGCUGACGGGGAAGAGAGUGAUAGCGAUGAGCUGCUCCCAGAAAAGAAAAGAAACAGUGGUGUUUUGAAAUCCAAUGUACCUGAUCAUCAGAGGAAUGGAGAUGCUGUGUCUCCUGGAGAGGGCAAGGAUCCCAAAAAUGACGACGCUAGUAAAACUGUGACGUUCUUUAAUGUCACAGAAGUUUAUGACCUGAACAGCGACGCACCUAACCCAGUGAACGUGCCGCUAACUGAGCCUGUAAAGGAUGACAAACCAACAGAGCUGAGGAGUCCUGAUCAGUCAGGGGACAGUCCUGCUGUUUUGACAGUCACCCAUGAUCUGUCACACAAGGCGGACUCCGACACCAAAGAUGAGACUCCGUCAGAAGGCGCUGACCAGAGCGGUCACAGGCACUUCGAUGUGGUCAAUGUUGAUGAGUCGGCUCUGAAGAAGGAGGCUGAAGAGACCAGGCAUGAGUCACACAGGCCCACAUUGUUGAAAGUAGCAAGUGCUACUUCGGAUGGUUUCUCUGGGCAGAGUAACAUCAGCGCUAACCAGGAUACUAUAGGGCCCUUGGACAAUCCUGACUUUCUCAAGAGGUUGCAAUAUUCUGUCAGUCAAGCUGUAGAUGAUGAUGGCUUUGGAAAUGCCAACUUAGACCUGGAGGAGUUUGUUGAGAUUCCCCAGACUGUACCUGACCUGGAUGGUGGCUGGGCAUGGGUUGUGCUGACUGCAGCUUUCUGUUCACUUGGUCUCACUGGUGCUACUACGUUUACAGCAGGUGUUUUGAUGUCUGCCAUCCUGGAACAAAUAGAUCCAGAUAUAACAAAAGCUUCAUGGAUUGGGGCCGUUCAUAUUAGUGUAUUGUGUAUGUCAGGGCCGUUUGUUGGGAUUGUUCUUUCUCGUCUGGGCUCUCGUUGGACAGUGUUUUGUGCUGGUUUAAUUCUUUCAAGUGGUAUGGUUGGGGCAUCGUUUUCUAAAAGCAUUAUUCAGUUGAUCUUCACUCACGGCUUGAUUGCUGGCAUAGGUUCUGGAUUCAUAUUGAAUACCAUGUUUGUCACAGUCGGCCAGUAUUUCAAUAGAUACAGGGGCCUAGCUUGUGGACUGCUAGCUACUGGUUCAGGGGCAGGCAUGCUUAUUGGCGGAAAUGCUCUGAAUAUUUUGUUUAGAAAUUUCGGACUGAGUGGAACAUACUUACUUUGGGGAGGAAUAACAUCCCACAUUCUGAUUUUUGCAUUACUGUUGCGCCCAUCGCCAGAGGAGCGGCUGAGGAAUGCAGAAAAGAAGAUGAAGAAAGAUCCAGACAAGUUUGCUGUGAUUAGCCAGCAAGACCUGCGCAGUGGCAGAAACAGUAUCGUCAGUGGCCUCAACAGCACAUGCAGUGGUGCCGACCAGAACAGUAUUUUCAGCCGAGGUGUCAGGAAAGUUCAAAGAUAUCCAAGUAAGCUCAGCAAAGGAGACGUCAGUGUGGCCCCUCUGCUUAAAGCUGUCCUACAUCAAGAAAUGUCUCGGUCGAACUACUCAAUCGCAACCAACCGCUCUCAUAAAUCUCAGAUAAAGAAUGCACCAACCAGCCCCGGCCAAGGCAGUAAAUUCACAUUUGGGCCAGCCAACCCUGUGGCCGAUGCUCUUAGCACAUCUGUAGGGUCAAGCCCUGGCACAACCCCCAUGUCACACAGCCCCCUGACUACCAGUCCCCUGGUCACUGCUGACCACGGUGAUGUCAGCUCCACCAGCAAACAAAACCAGGACAGCGUCUUCUUAUCAGCGUCAACUCUUGGACCCAACGAGGAGCAAAAUCAACUUCAGCCGUCAUCCCCUUCCGGCAGUCAAGCACCCACUGAAUAUGGUCCUCCAUUCCGGAGGAGGUUUUUAUCGCAAAGUUCCCAAGCUCAGUCCCAAUACUCCAUAGGCAGGUUAUCACAGCGCACCUCAAUUAGGGAGCAGCUGCAACGCAAUGAAUUGGACAAUGAAUCUCUGGCGUCUACCUUAGUCUCUCACCUGCAACCUAGAGAUGCCCUGACCCCUAGACACAAGCUGGGCUCUCGAAGCAUCUCUUCCAUGAUGGGCAGCAUUGCCAGCUUCCCCACAGCACUUGCUAUUGUGAAAGAUGACUUAGCCAGACUUGAAGCAACAGAUGACCUUGAUCAAAAAAGGACAAUCAAAGACCACUUAUUAGGAUUCCUAGACUCACUUCGACUUCUGAAAAAUAAACCAUUUUUGGUAUUUAUCACUACAACAUUUUUGUGGGCUUUCGGCGAAUCUCCAUUUACAAUGUAUCUUCCUGCCUAUGCAAUAAGCAAAGGGACGUCAGUGACCCAAGCAUCCUCUCUGUACACUGGCAUGGGAUUUGGGUCAAUGUGUGGGAGGUUCCUGUCUGGGCUAGUUGCCAGUGACAGUGGUGUUGGUCCUAUACUACUCCAUAUUGGGUGUCUAAGUAUUGGUGGUCUAGUGAUAGCGCUUGCCCCUCUUGUGUCGGAGAGCUACAUUCAGCAGAUGAUCUGUGCAGGGUUGUUUGGCUUCUACACAGGAUCCCUGGUCCCCCUGUCUUCGCUGAUCACCAUAGAACUUUUGGGCAUUGGUGAGCUAGGCUUGGGGUUUGGAUUUCUGUCGUUGUUUCAAGGUGUAGGAUAUCUUCUGGGUCCACCAGUUGGAGGAGUCUUUGUUAAACUAGUAGGAUAUGCUAACGCACUUUCUAUCUCAGGCUGUAUUGUGAUAUCGGCAAGUUUGCUAGCCAUGGUAAUCCCCAUUUUACUGCGGAACGCCCCUGAAGCUGAAGAUGACAGGGACUCGCUAGAAGACCUAGAAAGGGCUUUAAGAAGGAUCUCAGCAUCAGACAGCAAUGAAGGCAGUGAGUUUGACGUGAAUGAACAGGAGGAGCAGCACACCCAGAAGCUUCUGCCUGCUGGUAACAUCAGUCGCAGCACUUCCUCUCUGAAGAAGAAAGACGACGGGGUAGGUGGUGAGCUAUCCCCUCGGGAUGGGAGUUACCCCAUAAAAGAAGAACCCCUGGAGGUGAUUCAGGAGGUUAACCCAACAGAGCUGGCCCCCAUAGCUGAGGAGGCUGAGAAGAAGAGCCUGGGAGACUUAGACUGAUCACAUUGAUUUGUUGUUUUUUAUUGGCUUUACUUCUGUAUAUUUUUUGUUAAAAGGUUAGCUUCAGAAAACAAUUCUUUUAACUUGUGAGCAAUUUUUCAGUGAAGUUAAACAAUCGUGUCUGUUCAGACUGGCACACAAAUUUAAAGCUGUAUUGAGAUCUGGGUUUUUUUUUAUGAUACUGAAAGUGUAUUAUUUAGUGUACAAAUGUAAACAUUGUUCAUUUUAUACAGUGCUAGGAACUUGUAUUAGAAUGUGGAUUGUUGCAAAUGUUUUAUCUGUACAUUUUCUUUAAUUGUAAAAUUACUAUUGGUUUGACUGCUUUAAAUUAUAUUUUUAUAUUUGUUUCACUGAUAUAUAUGUUUUUAUAAAUUUUGAGAAUGUCUAUUUUUUAAAAACAGAAAUUGAAAUUGUUUUUUUUUAUUGAUGUAACAUGUCUAUAUGUGUUAAACAGACAUUUCAAAAUUAUCACAGUUAGUCUAGUCAUGGUCUUUAAGUUUCUUUACAUAAAUAUCAAAGAGGAGGUUACCCAAGUUUAAGCCGUUGUUAACCACAUAAAAAGUUUAUUUCUCUCUAUUUGUAAAUAUAUUUUCUACACUAAUUUCUGCCGUUAAAGAGCUUUGGUAACCUGUUAGAACCUCCUUAAUUUUUUUAUACAACUAGUCUAAAGAUUAUUCUUGUUCAGUCAUUUUUUAGUUUUACAAUCAAGUAAUUUUAAAACAAAAACUGUUUUAUAUGUAAGUCAUAGGAAUCUCUUUUAUUUAGUAACUUGCUAUAUCCAUUACAUAUUAACCUAACACUUGGAGCAUUGUCAGCUAGCUCUAAAUUGUUAUAAUAUUCUAGAUCUGUAUACCAGAUUGAAGCUCAGUUCUGGACCAUUUUUGCAUAAUUUGAUGCUAUGAGCAUUUUUUUUUUGGGUUUAUUUUACAAAUUGAUUAUUACUUUACCAUUUUUUAUUAUGUUUUACUAUGUCUUGAGUAAAUUUUUUCAUUUUCCAUUU